CCUCACUUCCCCAAUCCCCAUACGCUCUCACACACACUCCUCCACUCCUCUCCUCCUCCUCCCUUGUACCCCCUGAUUCCCUGAAGAGAGAGAAAUCCAGAAACAGAGCACCAUUCUCUCUCAUCUUAGGGUUUUCGCCGCUCCUUUUUCACCUCACUCAAAAUGGGCCUGGAAGAAGAAGAGACUAAUGGAGUUCCACUUCCUCCACCACCGCCAGUUAUUCCUCCGGGUGUUACUCUUGUUAAGGAAUCAGAACUUGAGUUGCCAAAGAGUUCAACAGCACCUAAAUCAGAACUUGAGUUGCCAAAGAGUGCACCAGCACCAAAGCGGUUUCCUAUGGCUCGGAAUGGUUUGGCAUCCAAGGGAACAAAGAUACAGCUGUUGACCAACCACUUUCAAGUCAAGAUGCCAAAUUCAGAUGGUUACUUCUACCAGUAUAGUGUUAAGAUGGCGUAUGAAGAUGGGACUGCUGUUGAAGCCAAAGGCAUAGGGAGAAGAGUAGUUGAUAAGUUACAUGAAACAUAUGAAUCUGAGCUUGGUGGGAAGCAAUUCGCCUAUGAUGGAGAGAAGACUUUGUUCACACUUGGAGGUCUUCCUCGUAACAAGCUAGAGUUUGAUGUUGUUGUGGAGGAUCAACAAUCUAGCAGAUCUGGUGGGAAGACUGGUAGCCCUGGUGGAAGGGGUGGUAGCCCUGGAGAAAAUGAAGAUCCUAAUGGUGAAAGGAAAAGGCUUAGGCGGCCACAAAGGUCCAAGACUUACAAGGUUGAGAUAACAUAUGCAACCAAGAUUCCAUUGCAAGCGAUAACUAAUGCAUUACGCGGACAAGAUUCUGAGCAUUUUCAAGAGGCAGUGAGAGUUCUUGAUAUCAUAUUGAGACAGCAUGCAGCUAGACAGGGCUGCCUUCUUGUCCGGCAGUCUUUCUUCCACAAUGAGCCACGAAACUUCGCUGACAUAGGUGGUGGAGUUCUUGGAUGCAGAGGAUUUCACUCAAGUUUCAGGGCUACCCAAGGCGGCCUCUCUCUGAAUAUUGAUGUGUCAACUACUAUGAUUGUUAGGCCUGGUCCUGUGGUGGACUUUCUCAUUGCAAAUCAAAGUGUUAAGGAUCCUUCACAGAUCGAUUGGAACAAGGCUAAGAAAACGCUCAAAAACCUGAGGAUGACUGCGCGGCCUUCUUCGAACUCGGAGUUUAAAAUCACUGGGCUGAGUGACAAAGUUUGUGGAGAGCAAACGUUUGAAUUCAGACAGAGAAAUGGUAAAGGAGAAGGCCAGAGUGUUGAGAUAACUGUCUAUGACUACUUUGUACAACACCGCAACAUAAAACUUCAAUAUUCUGGUGAUUUACCUUGUAUCAAUGUUGGGAAACCAAAGAAGCCUUCAUACUUUCCAAUUGAGUUAUGUGACUUGGUUUCGCUGCAACGAUAUACAAAGUCAUUGUCUGGAUUACAAAGAGCAAGCCUAGUUGAGAAAUCACGUCAGAAACCUCAGGAAAGGAUGAAAGUUCUGACUGAUGCUUUGAGGAGUAGCAACUAUGGGUCAGAUCCUUUGCUUAAUUCAUCUGGCAUUUCUAUCAAUACUCAAUUUGCUCGAGUUGAAGGGCGUGUCUUGCAACCACCCAAGCUAAGAGUUGGAAAUGGUGAAGAUUUCUGUCCUCGUAAUGGUCGAUGGAACUUCAAUAAUAAGGGAAUGUUUCAACCAGCAGAUGCUUUAGACAGGUGGAUAAUUGUCAACUUCUCUGCUCGCGUUGAUAUGAACAUGCUGUCCAGAGAUAUUGUCAAGUGUGGCCAGAGAAAAGGAAUGAAAAUAAGUGACCCGUUCGAAGUAUUCAGUGAAAGCCCUCAAGAUCGAAGAACACCAGCUCCUAUAAGGGUGGAAAAGAUGAUGGACACUGUCAAAAAUCGGCUCCCUGGUCCACCCCAGUUUAUUUUGUGCAUUCUUCCUGAGAGGAAAAAUUGUGAUGUUUAUGGCCCGUGGAAAAAGAAAAACCUUGCUGAUCUUGGUCUUGUAACCCAAUGCAUAGCUCCUACGAGGUUGAAUGAUCAGUAUCUUUCUAAUGUCCUGUUGAAAAUCAAUGCCAAGCUAGGGGGACUCAACUCUAUGUUGUCUGUUGAGUUUGCAAGAAACAUACCUUUAGUUUCGAAGGUUCCUACUGUAAUUAUUGGGAUGGAUGUCUCACAUGGAUCCCCUGGACGAGCUGAUGUCCCAUCUAUUGCAGCAGUUGUAGGCUCCAGGGGAUGGCCGUCUAUCUCUCGUUAUCGAGCAUCAGUGCGUACUCAGUCUCCCAAGGUUGAGAUAAUUGAUGGUCUGUUUAAGCCUGUGCCUGGAACUAAUCAAGAUGAUGGCAUGAUCAGGGAACUGUUGGUGGACUUUUUUCAGAGUUCUGGAAAGCAAAAACCACAGCACAUAAUCAUAUUCAGGGAUGGUGUCAGUGAAUCUCAGUUCAGUCAAGUCCUGAAUAUUGAACUGGAUCAGAUAAAAGAGGCUUGCAAGUUUUUAGAAGAGAAUUGGUUUCCAAAGUUUACACUGAUAGUUGCCCAGAAGAAUCAUCAUACGAAGUUUUUCCAGGAAAAAGCUCCAGACAAUGUUCCAGCUGGAACUGUGGUUGACAACAGCAUCUGCCAUCCUAAGAACAAUGAUUUCUACAUGUGUUCCCAUGCUGGAAUGAUAGGAACAACUCGGCCAACACAUUAUCAUGUUCUGCUUGAUGAGAUUGGUUUCUCAGCUGAUGAUUUGCAAGAUCUGGUUCAUUCGUUAUCCUAUGUCUAUCAGAGAAGCACAACAGCCAUCUCUGUGGUUGCUCCUGUAUGCUAUGCUCAUCUAGCAGCGAGUCAGGUCGGUCAGUUCAUGAAGUUUGAUGACUUCUCUGAUACUUCUUCGAGCCAAGGUGGUGUCACUUCUGUGGGUAUCGCGCAAGUUCCUCAACUUCCAAAGCUGCAUCAAAAAGUCAGCAGUUCCAUGUUCUUUUGUUGAACUUUUCUUAUUGCCUACUUUUUAAGCUGUUAUUGCCUUAGCACUUUUGGUGCUUGGAUCCCAAGCUAACUUAUUAAGUUAUUAUGUGUACAUAAGCUGUUGCUGAUACUCGAUGCCCCUGUCAUUCCUGAGCAAUUUUGGUUAUCUUGAAUAUUUUGUCUCCUGUUAUAUGCUCACAGCUAUUUAUAAAAGUUUUGGCUUUAUGACCUAA